AGGCCAGACAGCAUGCAGAAGGACUCAGGGAAAAAGGGUGAAGUCGGACUGAUGCAGGACGGAGACGCCAUGAGCCCACAAACGCAGGACUCUAAGAGCUCGACCGGGGAAGAAGAAGGUGGCGUGGUGCCCUCUGCACCACCAUUACCUACUUCACCUCCUUCUCCACCUUGCCAGAGACCGAAAUUGAUAUUUCACACUCAGCUUGCUCAUGGAAGCCCUACAGGCCGCAUUCAUGGCUUCACCAACGUAAAAGAGCUGUAUGCCAAGAUUGCUGAGGUUUUCAACAUUUCUCCAUCUGAGAUUCUCUUCUGCACUUUAAACUCACACAAAGUGGACAUGCAGAAGUUGCUGGGUGGGCAGAUCGGCCUUGAGGACUUCAUCUUUGCCCACAUCAGAGGAGAAACUAAAGAAGUGGAGGUCACUAAAACCGAGGACGCACUUGGUCUGACCAUCACCGAUAAUGGUGCAGGAUAUGCUUUCAUUAAGAGAAUAAAAGAGGGCAGCACCAUCGAUCGACUGAAGAAUGUGUGUGUCGGUGAUCACAUCGAGGCCAUUAAUGACCAGAGCAUUGUGGGUUGCCGUCAUUAUGAAGUGGCCAAGAUGCUGAAGGAGCAGCCGCGAGGCGAGCCGUUCACUCUCAGACUGGUGGGACCCAAGAAAGCGUUUGACAUGAUUGGUCAGAGGACACGAGCACCCAAAUCCAGCGAAGGCAAAAUGGUGAGCGGCAAAGAAACUCUGCGUCUGCGCUCGAAAGGACCAUCAACUGUUCAGGAAGUGCCCAGUGAGUUUGAGGAGAAGGCUAUUAAGAAGGUGGAUGAUCUUCUGGAGAGCUACAUGGGCAUACGGGAUCCUGAACUUGCAACCACUAUUGUAGAAGCCGCCAAAGACAAGCAAAAUCCAGACGAUUUUGCAGAGGCUCUAGACUCUGUCCUGGGGGAUUUUGCCUUCCCUGACGUCUUUCUGUUUGACAUCUGGGGAGCUCUUGAGGAUGCAAAAAAUGACAGAGUUUAGACCACUUUUUCAGCUUCUGGUUUUCUUACUAAGACUUUGAUAUUAUCACAGUAUUCUUCUGUCAGAUGUAACUGUUUUUUUUUGCAACUGGUUAUACAUAACUCAACAUGAGAGUUAGAGGUAGCACUUUAAUUUUUGCACGUUUAUUAUUUAACUUUGACAGUCCUGAACUCACAUCCUUAACCGCAGAGCUGACACUGCCCCAGCAAACCCCUGAGUGCAAAUACCGGAAAUGUGCAGUGUCAUUAACUUGUUUGUGAAGCACAAAAAAUGUCAGAAGACCACAUAUGUGAACAGUGACUGGGAAAAUCAGUUAUUGUGAGUUAUAAAAAACUUUACACACUGAGUAUGUAAUGUGUGCUACUUUGUCAGAAGUAAAUAUUAUUAUCGAUUUGUAAAAUUAUGUUUAAGCAAUAAGUAAUUAUAGUAAAACACAUCUUGCUCUAAACACUGUUGGUGCAACUUACACUUUAUUUAAAAUUAUACUAUUCCUGUUAUUCUACUAACCUAGUUAAGAAAGAAAUGUCACAAAAAAUGUUAUGUUCUAAUUUGAAAGUAUUUUCUGCUCAACUAUGUUUGGGACAAGUGUAAAACUUAUUUAAACUAGUAUAUUUCAUAUAAUUAAUAUUCAGUGAAUGUACAUAAUAAAUUAACUAUAAUCCACUAAAUGCUUCAAAACCUAAAUGCAAUACUAUUUAAAAUGUUUUUCCAGCCUUACUGGAAAUGAUUAUUAAUAAAUGGCUUUUCUGAAUAGUUUUAUGCGUCAUGAAAUAAUGUUAACUCCCA